GAACAGACCUGUAGUCUGUAGUCGAAGCAGCAAACUAACCUAGAUCUUUCGUUGGGUCGUUUGUUGUGCGCUAUGUUUACUGUUUCGAACAAUAAUUUUUUGUUGAAAUAUCAUUGUGAUUAAUAGCAAAUUACUUUGUCAUUCCGUAUAUCUUUUUCAACAAAAAAUGGAUAAUAUCUUUGGGAAGGAAGAUUCUGGGGAUGAAAAAGAAGGCAAACAUAAAGAUGUUGAGGAGCAUAAGAAUAAUAAAAAUAGUCCUACACAAAAUAUAGAAUUUAAGGAUACUGAACCUAUGGACAUUGACUGUUUGCAAGUUAAGGCAGAGUCGGAUGCAACAAGCUCUCAAUCCCAGUCAGAUGCCGAAGAAACUGAAAAUAUAGGAUCUAAUUCUGUCUGCCCAGUGAGACGAAUUGUAGAGAAACAAACAGAAAUUAUGAAACAAGAAAUUGAUGUAAAAAAAGAAGAACAGAAUGUAGAAGAUAUAUUUAGUAAUGAAAUCAUAAUACCUCGUGUCAAUCCAAUCAGCACAAAGGAAAGGCGGGAAAGUAAAGAGAAAAGUAGAAAAGAGAUAGAAGAGGAAGAAAGAGAAAAGAUGCAAGUGCUAGUAUCUAACUUUACUGAGGAUCAACUGGACAGAUACGAAAUGUACAGACGAUCUGCAUUUCCAAAAGCAGCUAUAAAAAGGAUUAUGCAAACCAUAACGGGUUGUUCAGUGUCUCAAAAUGUUGUCAUAGCUAUGUCAGGAAUUGCUAAGGUGUUUGUUGGUGAAAUUGUUGAAGAAGCUUUAGAUGUUAUGGAAGCCCAAAAUGAAACUGGUCCAUUACAACCAAAGCACUUGAGGGAGGCUGUUCGUAGAUUACGAUUGCAAGGUCAAAUACCGAAUGGUCGAGUGCAUAAAGCUUUUUUCAGAUUGUAAUAGUUAGAAUCCUAUGUUUACAACAUAUUAGUACUAUUUUUCUUGUACAAAAGCUUGUCAACAUUCAGAAUUUAUGAGCAUAAUCUGAACGCAAAAAUUUUCCAGUCGAAGUCCAUUUUUUUAUGUAUUAACACGUUUGCACUGGGAUUGCAAGACUUCGCCAGGAGUUCAAAUUAUAAACCGCGCAUGUGGAAAUGAUAAUAAUGGUGUAUAUUAUCAUUACUUAAUGUUGAUACAGCCACACUCAUUCAAAAACUUCUGCUGAAUUAAUAAGAACAUAUUUUAUGAACAUAUAAUCCAUCACGGGCAGAGGCGCCUGAUAUCGCAUUAUGCACUGGCGUGUGAUCGGUUGUGAACGUGUUAAAUUACUGAAACUACUUUUUAAAGUAUUCUAUUUUGACUAGAUACUAUACUGUAAUUGCAUAUUUUAUUGACGACCGUUUUUUCAUCUUUGCAUAAAUUAAACUUAUAGUUACAUACAUUUUAUACAGGAAACAAAUUUUAUUGCUAUAUAUAACGAUUAUAAGUUUUAAUGAUUACAGUUUUAGUUGUGUGAAUUAUUAAAACACAGAGCAGACGAAUAGCAAAAUAUUUUAUUACAGAUUAAAUAUAUGUCUGCAAUAAUAUGAAAUAUAUAUAGAUUUAUAUUUUAGGAAUUUAAUAUGAUAACAUAUCUUAGAUAUAGUAGAGAAGUCUAAUGAAAUAUUUAAUUAUAUUUUUAUGUAUAAUCCCAUAAAAUGCACACUCAUAAAUCAUUACAAAUUUGAUAAUAUAUUUUUAAAUAGAUUCUAAUGUAUCAUAUUA